UUUUUUUUAAAUGUAUAAUUGCCAUGUUUCGUUACAUAUCCUAACAUUGGUGUUAAUGCUUGCUUUCGAGUACCGUCAAAUUCUUAAUUUACUUCCCACAGAAAUAUUCACUAUGGAUUCAAGACUGGUAAUUUUGCUAGUCCUGUUGGCAGUUUGCAGCGUGGUUGCUGCUAAAAAGAAAAAAGAUAGUGAAGAGAACACUGACGUGGCCACUGACGAAGCCGCUGACGCAGCCGUCGAGGAAGCUGGCUCCGCAAGCAAAGACAAAAAAGAAAAAGAGAAAAAAGAUAGUAAAGAGAACGAUGGCGUAGCCGCCGAGGAAGCUGGCUCUGCAAGCAAAGACAAAAAAGAAAAAGAAGAAAAAGAGCACGGCAAAGGCAGUAAAGAAAAAAAGCACGGCAAAGGCAGUAAAGAAAAAAAGCACGGCAAAGGCAGUCAUGAAAAAAAAGAAAAAACAAAAAAAGGAGGUAGGAACUAUGGCGAAUUACAAAUUCAAACCCAGUAAGAAGCGACUGCCAUUACCAGACACCGUUUGCAACUGCGCCGCAUGGGGAGAUCCGCAUUACAUCAACACGAAGGGGACUAAAAUUGAUUUCCAGGGGGAUUGCGAAUACCUGCUUUUUAAAGAUAAUGACCCCGAUCACGACAACCCGCUCUUCAUAGUGACUGCCAAAAAUCAGUUUCGAGAUGAAGAUGAUGUGGUCACAUUGACGGAAAUGGUCACUGUUUUACUUUAUGAUUCAGAAUACGAUUAUUACAUAGAGGUUAAGAUGUUCCAAAAUAACGUAGUUCGUAUUGAUGGAAUUGACACGAUACCCCCGAUUCAAAUCAAUGAGCAUUAUAGUCUUGACCAUUACGGUAAGGGGGUUAUUCUCAUAUCGGACUACGGUUUCUGGAUGACGUGGGAUUUCAAAAACCGCGCUGAGAUGGGAGCCCCUGCUGAAUACGAAGGGAAACUGGUCGGUAUGUGCGGAAAUUGUGACUUCACGUCCGACGAUUUAUUGAUGCCAGAUAACUCGAUAGCGGAAGACUGGGUAACAUUUGGUAAUAGCUGGAAGACGGACAGCUCUUGCCUUGAUGUCACUGACACAGCCAGACCUUGCACCAGCGAAAUGGAACUCGAGCACCGUGCUGAUGACCAGUGUGGUAUGAUAAUCGAUCCCAAUGGACCAUUCAACGACUGUGGGUUGAAUGAUCCUGACCUUGUAUCUAGCUUGUAUGAAUCAUGUAUGUUCGAUAUGUGCUACACAAAAACAAAUAGAGACGAGGCACUUUGUGACAACUUGGGUACAGCCUAUGACGAAUGCAAAUUGAACGGUUAUACUCCCGGAGAAUUCCGAACCGAUACAUUCUGCGCCCUACGGUGCCAAAACUAUGCACGGUACGCCGAGGAUGCACCUGCGUGUCCUAACACUUGCUUAAACCCCUUGGCUUCAACUGAAUGCCCCGAUGACCCUACUGAAGGUUGCAGUUGCAUCGACAAUUACCUAUUGAGCGGUGAUGAGUGCGUCCUGCCCGAGAAUUGUGGAGCUGUUGACGAGAACUACAUGUACCACAAGCUGGACGAUCGCUGGGUUACUGAAGGCUGCUCCGAAAUGUGCAUUGUAACGGGCCCAGAGACUAUUGAGUGUGAGACAUUUGGAUGCGAUAUAGACGAGGAAUGUGAAAUUAAAGAUGGAGGCUACCAUUGCAUCAGUUCCGUAGAGGUGCGAGCCGCCCCCGAUAUUUUGAGCGAAGAAGAGUGUAACACCGUCGGAGGUAUCUGCUCGGUAUCCUGUGCGAACACCCCUCUUGGUGAACUAGCAGCAGACAACAUGCUGUGUAUUACGGGUCUUACGUGUUGUAUUGUUCAGCAAUCUCUGUGCAGUAAGGACCAUUACGGUGGUUUCUGUGAUAUAACAUGUAACGACGGCUUGAAUUCUAUAAACGAUCCCGAGCUGUGCGAAGGUUUCCCAACAGGUUACGUGUGUUGCAAGCCAAUAGUUGAAAGAAGAAUUGGACUUUACUUUCCGGAGCCAGCAAUUGUUGACGGAGAGCUUGGUGUUGAAAAACCAUCGCCCGAGGAUUUACCUCCCGACGAGGAACUUGCAGCAGUUGGUCCACCAGGCGAAGGUGCUCCUGCACCAGAGAAUUACGUUGCUAGUGAAGACACCAUAGGAGGUAUUCCAGUUCCAUCCUUCGGUCAACAUGGCGAUCCAACUGCUGCCGGGGAACAAGGCGACCCUAGAGAAAAGACACACGAUGGAUUACGCUACACGUUCAUUGGUGAUAAAGAUGCAUGUGAUUAUUACCUACUUCGCUCAACUAAUCCCAGUGUCGAUAUCAUAACCCACCAUGUUCCGGGAACCACAGCAGGAGAGAAAGCUACAUUUGUUUCUAAGAUAUACAUAGAAUAUGAAGGGGUUAAGUUUAGGUUACUUCAAGACAAUGAUGUUGAGAUUAACGGUGUGAAUGUGAAAGAUCAGAUCUCUGUGGAAUCACCAACGUCGUUUGCAAACGGACUUGUAGAAAUACAAUGGGCUACUCCGACAAGGGAAACAUUAUUGCUUUCGUUUGGCUCUGAACUUGCAGUAGUUUGGAGAGGCCACUUCAACCGUGUUAAGGUCUACACCACGUUGACAGGAUUGUCUGGUCUUUUGGGAGACAACGACGGCAAUAGUAGCAACGAUCUGAACUACAUGAAAGAUGGAGAGUUGGUAAUACUCGAUCCCAAGACCGUUACUGAAGAACAAUUACGGGAAUUUGAAAUAGCCAACAGAGUGGGUCCAUGUGGAACCACAAAAUAACUUCUCCGAAAACAACUCCCAUGAGAAAAUAACUAUGGAACAACACGGCUCAGACUGUCGUAUAUGUAGCAGCUAGCUUUAAUGGUAGAAUCAACUAACGGUGCAUGCAGGAAUUCGAAUUUUUGUUUAGUAGUAUAUAAAUUUAGUUCGAACUGAAAAUCCUAAUAAAUUAUAAGAGCAAUAUGCAAAAUUA